AGUUUUAGUUAGUUCGAGUCUUUGAACGCGUUAGAAUGUUUCUACUCAGUAUCGCGGCAAUUGUUUUGAUAUCGUGUAUAGUGCUGUACGGCAAGAGAUAUGCACGGGUCGUUAGACACAUUGACGGACAAUUUCCAGGACCAAGAGCUUAUCCGGUAUUCGGCAAUUUAUUGCAAUUGGGUUUUACGCCAGACGCUUAUUUGAGAAACCUAUUAAAAUGGGGUCAACAGUAUGAUUACAAAAACAUGCGUCUUUGGGCUGGGCCACUGCCUUAUGUGUUAAUAAUGGAAACCAAGUAUCUUGAGCAUGUGCUAAGUAGUACCACUUUGGCAUAUAAAGAAGAUCCUUAUAACUUGCUGUAUCCAUGGCUUGGCAGAGGACUUCUCACUUCAAAUGAUCAUCAAUGGGCCGUACGUCGGAAGCUGAUAACGCCUUCAUUCCAUUUUAGAAUCCUUAAAGACUUUUUGCAUGUCAUUAAUGAGACAACUGGUCGCUUUAUGACGCUGCUGGAAAAAGAAUCUGCUACAGCUCACAAUCAGAUGAUCGAUAUUCAAGAUCUGGUCACGAGGAAUACUAUUGAUGUUAUUUGUGAGACUGCAAUGGGCUUUCGGGUCAACAGCAUUGAGGGGAAACCUUCGCCGAUAGUUGAAGCCAUAAGUAUCCUCUGCAACGUUAUUCCCGAACGUGCAUUUGCCGUUGUGAAGCGCAUUGACUUCUUCUUCAAAAUGACCCCAUUAUACAAACAGCAGCAGGAAGCUCUGGUCACUUUGCGUGAAGAGUUUGCAAAGAUUAUUGAACAGCGUCGCCUAUUAAUUAACUCUUCAAGUUAUCAAGCGUCGUUAGAAAGUAAUGAUGAUGUCUUCGAUUCCAAGCGUCCUAAAAUGGCAUUCCUUGACAAUCUUCUGACGGCCGAGGUGGAAGGUAAACCAAUGUCAUUCCAAGACAUUUUUGAAGAAGUUUCAACAUUUAUGUUUGAGGGUCACGAUACCACAGCCUCGGCCAUAACAUUUGCCAUUUUGUGCAUGGCAUUAACGCCCGAGACUCAACAAAAGGCAUACGAGGAGCAGCUGAAAAUCUUUGGGGAUGAUAAAACACGUCAUCCCACAUACGAUGAAGUGCAAGAGAUGAAGUAUUUGGAUCUGGUGAUCAAGGAGACAUUGCGACUUUUUCCCAGUGUGCCAUACAUUUUUCGCUUUAUUCGCAAUUCGACUGUAAUUUUGGAUAAAUACUUUCCGAAAGGGACGACAAUUGCAUUGCCAAUUUUGUCAAUUGGACAUAGUCCACACAGUUUUGAUGCACCUUUUGAAUUUCAACCCGAACGCUUCGAGGUUGACAACCGCUCCCAAGCAAGUGCCUUCGAUAAUGUGCCCUUCAGUGCCGGACCCAGGAACUGUAUAGGUCAAAAGUUUGCGCUGCUUGAGCUUAAAGUGACGCUGUCUAAAUUACUUCGCAAAUUUCAAAUUCUGCCUGCUCCUUUGUCGAAGCAGACCAUAGCUCAAAUCUUCAAUCCUCGCUAUCGACCUGGACCGCAAGAAGUGAAACUCCAAGUGGCCGUAACGCUCAAGUCCAUGACAGGAGUUUUAGUUCGACUCCAAAAGCGACCAGGUACACUUGGCAACCAGCACCUGGGCAUCGAAGGGCUGCAGUGUCUCUGCCUGUUGGUCGAGCUUCUUCACAAACCUCUCGCUUGUCCGAUGCACCACACGCAAAUAACCUUCGAUUGCGGACCUUUCGAAGGCUGGAACAUAGAGCUUCUGGUGCUUCAGCCAACGGGCGCCGGAGCUGAAUUUCGGAGUGUAUCGCAGCGUGUGGUUGAAAUGUGGUUUAUUUUGUAUGCCAUACUGGCAUUGCCAGUGUUAUUGUUUUUAUAUUUCGAACUGAGAGUGGCUAAUAAAAAACGCGUGCUAAACAAAAUAAGAGGCCCGCCAACAUUGCCUGUAAUUGGGAAUGCACAUCAAGUGGGCAAAAAUCCAACCGAAAUUCUGAAUACAUUCUUCGAUUGGUGGUUUACUUAUGAUAGAGAUAACUUCCGCUUUUGGGUUGGCUAUUAUGCCAAUGUUUUUAUUUGCAACCCCAAACAUCUGGAGGUAAGUCUUGAAGAAAUAUUGAUCUGUGCAAUUUAAACAUGUUGUUUAUCUUUCAGUAUAUAUUGCAGCAACACAUUGAUUACUAAAUCGGAUAUUUAUGACAUGCUGCAUCCAUGGCUUGGAACUGGAUUACUAACUGGAACUGGCAGCAAAUGGCACAAGCAUCGCAAAAUGAUAACGCCCUCAUUUCAUUUCAACAUUCUUCAAGACUUCCACACAGUCAUGAAUGAGAACUCGACCAAAUUUAUUAAACAACUGAAGAAGGUUUCAGCCGGCGAUAGUAUUUUCGAUUUUCAAAAUGAAACACACUAUUUGACACUGGAUGUGAUCUGUGAGACCGCCAUGGGAGUGCCCAUCAAUGCUAUGGGACAACACGACUCGAGUGUAGUGAAGGCAUUUAAGGAUAUGUGCUACAACCUUAAUAUGAGAGCCUUUAACCCUCUGAAGCGAUCGGAGACGCUCUAUCGUUUCGCCCCUGACUAUGAGGAAAAUUCCAAGACUCUUAAGAUUCUGCAGAACUUUACCAACGAAAUCAUUGAGAAGCGCAUUGAAGCUCAUCGCACAGGCACCGCUAAGAAAAUCGAGGGCGAUGAGUUUUCCCGCAAGAAAAUGGUCUUCAUGGACGUGUUGCUUUCCUCCACGAUUGAUGGUCGCCCCUUGACACAACAGGAGAUAUACGAAGAGGUUUCCACCUUUAUGUUUGAGGGCCACGAUACUACCACAUCGGGUGUAGCCUUUGCUGGCUACUUGCUCUCUCGGUUCCCCGAAGAACAACGCAAAUUGUAUGAGGAGCAGCAAGCAGUGAUGGGCAAUGAAAUGCACCGCGACGCGACUUUCCAGGAAAUCGCCGAUAUGAAGUACUUGGACUUGUUUAUCAAGGAAGCUCAACGCGUUUACCCCAGUGUACCAUUUAUUGGACGAUACACAGAAAAGGACUAUGAUAUACAUGGCACCAUUGUACCCAAAGGCACAACCCUUAAUUUGGCGCUUAUUAAUUUGGGGUAUGAUGACCGCACUUUCAAGGAUCCGCUUCGCUUCAAGCCCGAACGCUUUGAAACUGAAAAGCCCGGACCCUUCGAGUAUUUACCUUUCAGUGCAGGUCCACGUAACUGCAUUGGACAGAAGUUUGCCUUGCUCGAAAUUAAGACUGUAAUCUCGAAGUUAGUGCGUAGCUUUGAGGUGCUACCCGCCAUGGAUGAACUGAUCUCGAAGGAUGGUUACUUAAAUACCUAUAUCGGACUGCCGACGGCAGAGAAAUUGCGAAAAGAAAAACAAGGUCACAAAUACGAUCCCAUUUUGUCAGCUGUGCUAACACUUAAGUCAGAGAACGGCCUGUAUCUGCGUUUACGCGAAAGAAAAUGAUUUCUUCUUAUUUUGUAUUUAUUAUAUUUACAAUACACAGCUUUUUAUUGUUGAAAUGUUAAACUAUU